CUGAUUUACGCGCACUCAAUCAGGCCGGGACGGGUGCAAUUUGAUGUAAAUACUACAUAUUUGCAUUAGUCCUGACCUAAUUGAAUACGCUUCGUGGCAUGUUCCUCCAUCGUUGAAUCUCGAUUUCAUCACGAUUGAUCUUCUGCUCGCUUCUAUCAGGCCAUCGAGAAAAAAUGUUAUCGUAACUUUUUAUAUCGUAACGAGAGAAUUACGCAAUCGUUAAAAAAAAUUAUAUAGACGAUAGAAAUAAACUAAAACGACGAAGAAUGUAAUUGUACAGAAAACACGUUCGUCACUGAUUCAUUCCAACGUGAAAAUAACGGACAGGCAGAGGUACCCGUACGAUCCCCACGACACGUACUGUACGAAUGAUAGAGCCGAACGAUGGUGACCACAUCAGGGAGGGACCAGGGACCCUUUGUUUCCUCGAACACUUCGUGGAAUUCUUCGAAGGUCAACUGAGCACGGACCACUACUUUCGCAUCUCUUGGAACUGUUGGAAAUAAUUCAAAUCGUUUAAAAGUAUGUCGAAAACUUUGAAGUAGUUUGAAACGCUACGUAUAGAUGGCAGUUUUGUGCUUGAAAUCAUCUUCACUUGAAUGUUACCAACAUCUCGCUACCAAUCAAUAUGUCUGUGUAUGUGAUUACUGAUAUUUAAAUUUAGAAGAAAAAGUAUUUCUUUCAAGAGAAAAAGGAAUCAAUUUUAGUAACCAAUAAUAAAUCUAAAAGUUACUCAACUAAAGUGAAAACUACUUCGUACGAACAAAAUGAGCUGUAGAGAUGGCAAAAGUCUAUGACUAAUAAGGACAGAAUUGAAGAUAUACAUGCAUCUCGCUGUCGCGUUGUUGGCCAUCGUCGGUACGUGUCACGCCGCCCGACUAGACAAUACUUACCUUCCUCCGGGCAAUGCAGGCACCGCAGGAGGCGCAGGAUUAAUACAAGCUCCGAAUCGUGGCCACGGUGGUCCAGGUGGUCCUGGGGGACCUGGUAGACCAGGUGGACCAGGCGGACCAGGUGGACCGGGUGGACCGGGUGGACCGGGUGGACCUGGUGCACCAGGAGCAUAUGGCGGUGGUGGCGGAGGAGGUGGCGCUUUUGGUGGCGGCGGAGGUAGUGGUGCGUUUGGCGGUGGAGGCGGAGGUGCCUACGGAGGACCCGGUGGAGGCGGUGGUGGGCCAAGAGGAGGACCUGGAGGAGGCCAAGAGAUACCUAUCGUCUCGUUCAACAAUCAGAAUGCCGGUGAUGGCAACUACCAAUUCAGCUACGAAACAGGAAAUGGUAUCAGUGCGCAAGAAACGGGUCACCAGCAAGGCAACGCGGAAGCGGUGAGCGGAUCAUACUCGUACACCGGACCUGAUGGUGUACAGUAUAGCAUCAGCUACACCGCGGAUGAAGAAGGUUUCCAUCCCCAAGGCGCACAUUUGCCAACACCACCUCCAAUUCCACCAGAAAUUCAACGAGGCGUCGAGUUAGCACUCGCGGCUGAGGCCAGAGGCGAAAAUCAAGAUACUUCCGGUGGUGGUGGUGGCGGUAAUGGUGGCGGAGGAGGAUAUCCUUCAGGGGGUGGAUACAACGGAGGCGGUGGAGGUGGUGGUGGUGGCGGCGGCCGAGGAGGUGGCGGCGGUGGUGGACCCUAUCAGGGUCCAAACUCGUACCAAACAAGCUCGGGCGGAUACCAUUAUUAGACGACACCGCACAAGUCAUUACGUAUUACACGAUCAAUCUUGUUCCAUUACAGUAAUAUCAUUUAAAGAC